GCGAGGCCAAGCUCACGUCUUAUCCCAGUGAAGGAUGCGAUGGGAACUCUCCGGCCCACUUUAAUCGAUGUUUUCCUCCAUCAAAACGCCAUUUGGAAGCCACCAAAUGCAGGCAGGGGGUAUUUGCUGGCUGCUUUCCUCCCCCUUUUCUACCUGCAGGCCCCCAGCGUUUCCAGAUUUGCAACAAAAUCCCCGUUAUUUGGUGAAAAUGACCUCGUUUGCCCAGUUUCUACAUUGACGCCUCGGUGUCCCAUUGGAGAGGGAGAGCAGGAGGUGGGACGAUGAAGCACUGGGGAGCUCAGAGAGGCCCUGGCAAGAAGUGUCUGCUCCUUGUCCCUUCCUUGUGCCUGGCACGUCGAGGCUCUGGACCCAGGGGCCAAGGCCACGUCCCCUCGGGUCAGCAGUGACCGUCCCUUCCCUGCCCCUUCUCCCCCUGUGUCCUGGCUCCAGGCACAGGACGUGGCUGCGCAGCUGCCCCCCCUAAUAACUGCCCCAUCAGCUGUCCCCAGGCUGAAUUUGGGGAGAACUUUCUGCAUUUAGCAAUUUUGGGGGCACUCUGAGAUCGAGAAAGAUGCAAAAGCCCCGCACACAGCCCGGCACGAUGCGCCUGCUGCCCGGUACCGUGCCCGGUGCCGAACUGCACCGGUCCUCGCAGCGGCACAGCCGAGCCCCGUGGCUGCCCUGGGGCUCUGCUGCAGCUCAUGGAAAAACACGCUGCUCCCAGGGGGCCGAUCCGGCUCAGCGCGCUAAUUAGGAGAGCGGAUAGGAAGUUUACACACUCCGCCGUGAUGCAAAUGACCCCUAAAGAUGCACAGGAGCCGGGGAGUUAAUUAUAACCCUGGCUGCAGCCGGAGGGCUGGGGCGACACCUCGCUGCGCUUCCCCGGCUGGCCGAAGGGACGGAUCCUGGCCAGGGGACAGCUCGCAGGAGCUGGGUGGACGCGAGCCGGUCUCCCUCCGAGUCUAGGAGUCAAAAAUGGGCCGGAAGAAAAUACAGAUCAGCCGAAUACUGGACCAGCGGAACCGGCAGGUGACCUUCACCAAGCGUAAAUUCGGGCUGAUGAAGAAGGCGUAUGAGCUGAGCGUGCUGUGCGACUGCGAGAUCGCCCUCAUCAUCUUCAACAGCACCAACCGCCUCUUCCAGUACGCCAGCACCGACAUGGACAAGGUGCUGCUCAAGUACACGGAGUACAGCGAGCCCCAUGAGAGCCGCACCAACUCCGACAUCCUCGAGACGCUGAAGCGCAAGGGGCUGGGGCUGGACAGCCACGAGCUGGAGCUGGACGAGGGGCUGGACGCCGGCGAGAAGAUGCGGAAGCUGAAUGAGGGCAUGGACCUGACGGUGGCACGGCCCCGCUUUUACAGCCCGGUGCCGCUGCCCGAGGCAUCCUACGGCAGCUCCCCACCGGCCGGCGGUGACGGAGCCCUGGGCAGCACCAGCAGCUCCCCGCAGAGCCAGGGCCGCCCGCCCGCCUUCAAACCAUCAGCACCGAAGCUCUCGGGGCGCUCUCCAGGACCGAUGCCCCCAGGUAUCGGCUACCCCCUCUUCCCCCCUGGCAGCCUGAACCGAGCCCUGGCCACCAAGACGCCGCCGCCGCUGUACCUGGGAGCCGACGGCCGGCGCGGCGAAGCCCACGGCAGCUUGGCCGGCAGCAGGAGCGGUGGCAGCGUGGCGAGGCCUCUGUACCCCGGUCUGCAGACCCUGAGCCCCGUGCUUGCACCGGGCAGCGCCGGCGUCCCGAACCACAGCCUCUCUGGCUUCCCCUUCCUCGCCCCGGCACAAGCGGGUAAGUCCUGGCCCCAUGCCCCAGGAGGGUCGAAGCCCCCCAGCCAUGCCCCCGCCCUCCCCCCCCGUAGCUCCUGCUCACUUUUCCCCCCCUGCUCGGCAGAGUACGGGGCUGGCGAGGCCCCGCCACCCCCUGGCUUCCUCCAGCCCGGCCCCCCGGCUUCGUGGCAGCCCCCGCGGGACAUGGCAGCGCUGGGGACCAGUACCAGGAUCGUCCCCGCCGAGGAUGCGGCCCCCGGCAGCUCCCCGCAGCACCACGCCAUCAGCAUCAAGUCGGAGAGGGUCUCGCCGGGGCUCGGCUGCCCCUCGGGCACCCCGCAGCCCCCCCAGGGCAGCCUGGCCUCCCUGAGCGAAGCCUCCCGAGGCUCCGGAGACCUCCAGCCGCGGGACGACUACGCCAAGGGCUAUCCCUACCCCCUGGCCCCCCCCCGGCCGCUGGCGGAGGAGCAGAGGGUCACCGUCCCUGUCCCCCCGCGGCGGGCACAGGCUGCGGACGGGUGGCAGAGAUAGCGAGGCUGAUGGGGUGCAGGGCGAGCCGCCCCCCGCUUCCACCCCAUCCCCGGAUCCCCGAGGAGCCCCCCCCCGGCCUCCCCAACCCCGGGGGCUUCCCAAGGGGUCGUGGCCCCAACGCCGGGGCUGCAGUUCCCAGACUCCCCCCUCCCCACCCCAGUGCCCCU